CAAACAACAAAUGGCAGCAACUGCAGCAGUGGGAAUAUCGGAGUAUUACAUGAGCAAGAUCGAGGGUCUUGAGGUCAAAAGUAACAGCAUGACCCACAAUCUGCGACGACUCGAAGCUCAACGUAACCAACUCAAUGCUAAAGUGCGACUACUCCGUGAAGAACUUCAGCUACUACAAGAGCCUGGCUCAUAUGUUGGUGAAGUUGUAAAAGUCAUGGGAAAAACCAAGGUUUUGGUCAAGGUUAACCCAGAAGGAAAAUACGUUGUGGACAUUCAUCCAUCUAUAGAUCUUUCUCAACUGACACCUAAUGUCCGCGUUGCUUUGCGUCACGACUCAUAUCAGCUUUACAAGGUGUUGCCUAACAAGAUUGACCCACUUGUAUCGCUUAUGAUGGUUGAAAAAGUUCCUGAUUCGACGUAUGAGAUGAUUGGUGGUCUUGAAAACCAGAUCAAGGAAAUCAAAGAAGUCAUUGAACUUCCUGUAAAACAUCCCGAACUAUUCGAAUCACUUGGUAUUGCUCAACCCAAGGGAGUCUUGUUGUAUGGACCUCCUGGUACUGGAAAAACUCUUUUAGCGAGAGCUGUUGCGCAUCAUACUGACUGCCGAUUCAUUCGUGUAUCGGGUUCAGAAUUGGUUCAAAAGUAUAUUGGUGAAGGGUCUCGAAUGGUUCGUGAACUUUUUGUCAUGGCCAGAGAACAUGCGCCUUCAAUUAUUUUUAUGGACGAAAUUGAUUCGAUCGGCUCUAGUCGUAUGGAAGGCGGCGGUGGUGGUGGUGGGGGUGGUGGUGAUUCUGAAGUUCAGCGCACUAUGCUCGAGCUUCUUAACCAGCUGGAUGGAUUCGAAGCUACUCAAAGCAUUAAAGUCAUUAUGGCUACUAAUCGUAUUGAUAUUCUUGACCCUGCUCUGCUACGUCCAGGUCGUAUCGAUCGUAAAAUCGAAUUUCCUCCACCCAACGAAGCAGCUCGUGCUGAUAUUCUCAAGAUUCACUCCCGUAAAAUGAAUCUCACACGUGGUAUUGAUCUUCACAAGAUUGCUGAACAAAUGAUUGGUGCGAGCGGUGCUGAAGUAAAAGGUGUCUGUACAGAGGCAGGCAUGUACGCUCUUCGCGAACGCCGUGUCCACGUCACUCAAGAGGACUUUGAAAUGGCUGUAGCCAAGGUGCUCAAGAAGGAUUCAGAGCAGAAUAUGAGUAUCAAAAAGCUUUUCAAAUAGUCGAUUUUUUUGUUGGCAAUAGACCAAUAAAGUCCAUUCUAUAGGAUU